AUGGUCAACGGGACGCCGUCAAUGUUGGAGCCGACGUAUUAUGGCUAUGUCGCAACGACGCAGGACGCUCUGAUCUUGUUCGAGGCGUGUUUGACCGGUGUGCUUCAUCAUGUGCCCCGUCGGCCUCAUGAUCGGGAACGCGCCCAGCUGGUCCGCAGCGGCACCGUCUUCAUCUACGAGGAAAACUCGUCGGGCAUCAAGCGAUGGACGGACGGCGUGACUUGGAGCCCGAGUCGAAUCCUGGGCAAUUUUCUCGUCUACCGAGAGCUCGAAAAGCCCUUCCCGCCGGGCGAGAAGAAGCGGGCGAUGAAGAAAGCCAAUCGACGCCCGGUCCCUCCGACGAGACCGGGGGAGCCCUAUCCCCGACAUGACAGCAACGCGCACGCCUUCUCUCCCCCGACGACGGGCGCGUUUGGGGAACGAUCGCAGCAGAGUGACAUGGAACGCGCAUUGGUCGGCUCUCUGGUAGACUCAUACGGCUUCAAGGAUUCCGGGUUGGUCAAAAAGACGAUGAGCGUGACCGUUUCGGGCGUGACGCAUCACCUGGUCUCAUACUACAGUGUGAACGAUGUGGUACAUGGGAACUUGAGCCCGCCGUCCAUACACAAUGAACUACGCUUUGUCCGACCUCGGAUGGAAUUGACGCAGAAGCAAAGCUUUCGGGCUCCUAUCGACGACCUGGAAACGGGAACGCUGGAGAAUCCAAACGACCCGUCUCAUGCUCUAUAUGGCUAUCGUACUCAGAUGGUGGCACCCCCAGGAUACGGCAUCCCGAAUGCUCAUCCGGACUUUUACAUGCAGCCAGCACCGUACACUGCCACUCACCCACCGCAGUCGGCACCUAUCACUGGAUAUUCCAUGGUAGGGACGCUCCCCUCGGUACAGGCCCCCAAUUCGUACCUCCCUACGCCUACGCCUCCUACUCAGAUUCCGCAUAAGCCGGACGAUUACCCGCACUUCCGGGCCCCUACGCAAUACAGCACCGGGUUUGAUCCGCUCGGCCAGAAUCCCCUGUCUUCCUCAAUCCCCUCGGGAAUCAAUACGGCCAUGUCGAGCUCUUUGAGUGACCGGAAUCGCUCCCAGUCGGAUCACAGCCCGUCGGCUUACCGAUCCUCGAUCUCUUCUCGAAGCGUGGCCACCGAGGCUACCUCUCCAAUCGAUCCGUCGACUCCUGCCACCUUUUCGCGCGGCGGCAGUUUCAGUCUGGCAAGUCAACUGGAUGCCUCGUCGCAUCCGUCCUUUGACCAGCGCAGCAUGGCUGCGUUUGAUUCCAGCAUUCCGCGUCGGGAGUCGAAUACAAUCCCCACCCCUUAUUACGGUGACAGGAGCCAGUAUUAUGUGAACGCCACCAAUCCGGCGGCUCAUGCCACUUACCCAGUUUCUACCUGGACCACGGCAGCUCCGGCUCAGCCACAAGUAUAA